AUGCUGCCUUACCUGUUCCCUGAGCUGUCCACCUUUGCUACCGUCGCAGAUCUUAUCACCCACCUUCGCACUAGUGAUGCUCGCCUGCGUGCCGCCCUUCCCACCGAGUUCUGCGCUAAGAACCCCCCUCCCCUGUACUGGACACUCCACUUUAUAGUCACCCGUCUCCCUGACACCCUUAGCUCAGUGCGCGACCAUUUCCUUGCUCGCUGUCCCACUGAGCUCACUGUCCCCCUCCUAGAGGAGAAACUGCUAGCAGCCGAGAAGAGCAUUGUAGCUGUAGGUGCUGCUCGUGGCGCUCCUCGCACCCCCAUCUUUGAGGGGUGUUCUCCCUCUCCCCUCGCUCCCUCCUACGCUACUGCUGCUGCUGUUGACUUCCUUGGUGCUGAGUCUGCUGGCGCUGCUUCUGCUCCUGGUGGGAGGCGCCGCACCGGCAAGGGCAAGGGGGGCAAGGGUGGCGGGGGUGGCGCUGGGGGGGGAGGAGGUGGGGGAGGUGGGGGGGGAGGCGGUGCUGGAGGGAGCGGUGGCGGGAGUGCUGGUGGGAGUGGCGGUGGCGGCGGUGGCGGUGGCGGCGGUGGCGGCGGUGGCGGUGGUGGCGGUGGUGGCGGUGGCGGUCGGAGCGGUGGUAGUGGUGGCGGCGGAGGUCGGAGUGGAGGCACUGGCUCGGGCCAGAGCUCCCAGCAGCAGCAGCGUCCCCAGACGACCCAGCAGCUUCGUGAGUGGCUUGCUCAGCGUGGGACGUCGGGGGGCAGUGGCCGCUGUUCCUAUGUCAUUCGCACAGGUGACCGCAAGGGACAGACGUGUGGGAGGUUUCACACCCCGUACCGCUGUUUCUCUCGCCUUGACGACGCUUGGCGUGAGGAGAUGGGCGAGGAUGUUGAGCGCCCCCGCUGGGCUGAGCUCAUGAGGGCUGGUGUUGAUAUCUUUGCUCUUGACUAUGAUGCUAUUAUUGCUGCCAUGUAUGCAUUGACUGUUAGUGCCGAGGGAGACUGUUACUUGUGUGUCCCGCCUGACCCAGGUAUAGAGCCCGCUGCCCUGGGUACUAGUGAGUCUGCUCUCUCAGGUACAGCACCCACAGAGACUGCUCUCUCAGGUACCGCACCGGCUGAGGCCUGUCACACCUUCACCCUUGACUCAGGUGCUUCCCGCUGUUUCUUUCGUGACAGUACUGAGCUCACACCGCUUCCUGCACCGGUCCCAGUCUCCUUGGCUGACCCCUCUGGGGGCCCAGUCCUUGCCCAGUCCACCACUGUGCUCCCUUGUCCGGCGGUUCCGUCUGGCUCGUUGUCGGGUUUCCACCUCCCCUCGUUCUCGACGAACCUGGUGAGCAACGCUGUCAUCCAGGAUCAGUGGGUUGACACCUUUACCCCUGGAGGACAGCGUGUGGCGAUCUGCACGUGCUCCAGGACCGGCCGUCACCUGGCUACGUUUACCCGUCGGCCGGGGUCGAGUCUCUACACACUGACCACUGCGUCUCCUCAGGUCGCUGCUGUCGGUCAGGUGUCCGCGUCAGGUCUGGUGGCCCACGCCUGUGAGUGUCGUUCCCUGUCGCACCAGACUCUUCUCUGGCACCACCGCCUGGGUCACCCCUCCUUGCCACGCCUCCGUGGCAUGCACCGUCGCCACCUUGUGUCUGGUCUUCCCAGGUCCCUCCCUCCCCUCCCUGCCUCGCCUGCGCCGCCUUGCCUUCCUUGCGUCGAGGGGCGGCAGCGCGCCGCUCCUCACUCCUCCUCGUUCCCCCCGACAGAGGCUCCUCUGCAGACCCUCCACCUGGACGUGUGGGGCCCAGCCCGCGUUCGUGGCCAGGGCGGUGAGCGGUACUUUUUGCUGGUUGUCGACGACUACUCGCGUUACACCACGGUCUUCCCCUUGCGCACCAAGGGUGAGGUCCCUGCUGUUCUGAUCCCUUGGAUCCGCACAGUUCGUCUCCAGCUCCGCCGCCGUUUCCGGACGGAUCUUCCUGUCCUGCGUCUGCACUCUGACAGAGGUGGUGAGUUUUCCUCCGAUCUCUUGAGGACCUUCUGUCAGGCGGAGGGCAUCGAGCAGACCUUCACGCUUCCGGACUCCCCACAGCAGAAUGGGGUUGCUGAGCGCCGCAUUGGCCUGGUCAUGGAGGUCGCUCGUACCUCCUUGGUCCACGCGGCGGCUCCCCAUUUUCUGUGGCCGUUUGCUGUCCGGUACGCCGCGCAUCAGCUCAACCUCUGGCCCCGUGUCUCCUUGCCGGAGACCUCGCCCACACUGCGUUGGACGGGGGAGGUUGGCGAUGCGUCGCGUUUCCGGGUGUGGGGUGCUCGUGCCCUUGUCCGCGAUACGUCCGCGGACAAGCUCUCCUCCCGCACACUUCCCUGUGUCUUCCUUGGCUUUGUCCCUGACGCGCCUGGCUGGCAGUUUUACCACCCCACCUCGCGCCGGGUCUUCGCCUCUCAGGACGUCACCUUUGACGAGUCGGUCCCUUUUUACCGUCUCUUCCCCUACCGCACUGCCCCCCUCCCUCCCCCGCCGCUGUUCCUUGCUCCUGGUCCUCCUCCGCCUGUCGAGGUCACAGGUGACUCAGGUGCUGCUGCAGGUGGUGCUGCUGGGAGUGCUGAGUCUGGGGGUGCUGAGCCUGCGGGUGCUUUACCUGGGAGUGCUGGGACUGCGGGUGCUGGGGCUGAGGGUACUGUGCCUGAGAGUUCGGCGCCUGGGGGUGCUGUGCCUGGGGGUGCUGCGACUGGGAGUGCUGAGCCUGCGUGUGCGGAGUCUGGGGGUGCUGCGCCUGCGGGUACUGAGCCUGGGGGUGCUGCUACUGAGCCUACGGAGCCUCGGGUUGCUGCGUCUGGGGGUGCUCCGGUUCGGGGUACUGAGCAGUCUCUCACACCGCAGCAGCUUCGUGACUGGUACGUCCGGCGCUUUCGCCGUCCUCGUGGCUCGGCUGGAGCUGGCGGUGCUAGCGGAGUUGGAGCUGCCGACUCUGGGGGUGCUCUUCCUAGCGGUGCUGCGGACCCUGGGGGUGGCGCUACUGCUGGUGCUGCGGACCCACCUGGUGGAGCUGCUACUGGUGCUGAGGACCCGAGCGGUGGCGCUGCUGCUGGUGCUGAGGACUUGGACGUUGGAGCUGCUGCUGGAGCUGAGGACCCGAGCGGUGGCGCUGCUGCUGGUGCUGAGGACCCGGACGUUGGAGCUCCUGCUGGUACUGAGGACCCGGCCGCUGGAGUCUCUUCUGCUUCUGGAGACGCUGCGCGGCCACGACCGUACUUCGUACCGCUCCUUCAGCAGGUUCUUGGGCAGGCUCCUCCUCCUUGUCCUCCUCCCUCCGUAGAGUGUCCCCCGCCUGUCCAGCCGCAGUCACAGUUACCGCCUGCCUCGCCUCUCCCUGCUCCCUCUCCUUACACUGGUCCCACAGGAGGUCUUACAGAGCGUCGUGAGCCUGAGUCUCGUCCUGCGUCGCCUGUUCGUCCUGCUCGCACUGCUCGUCGUGUCCGUCGUGAGCGUCCUCCUCCUGUCCCAGGCACUCACUACAUGACUCUGCGUCCCUCCACUGCUCCUCAGCGUGUCCCUCUACCGUCUCCUCCUGCGUCCUCUUUGCCUGACGUUCCGGACCCUGAGUCUGACCGGUAUCAUGCUGAGCACCCUACUGUCACGCGUCUCCUCGCUACUGUUGUCACUGACCCUACCUUUGAGUCCUCGGCUGCGUCUGCUCUGGUCGCUGAGUUGGUUGACUUUGCUGCUGCCUGUCGUCUAGACUACGCUGCUAGCCUUGUUGCUGAGUCUGAGUCUGCGUCAGUCUGUCCUCCGUCCGUCGGGGGUGAGUGUGCUCUUGGCACGGACGUCCUUGAGGACAGGCAGGAGGACUUUGACUCUCUCGCGGCUGCUGUACCUCAUCUCGUGGCCUGGUUGCUUGCCCCUGAGGGAGACCCGGAUGCACUAGACAUCCCCACUCCGCGCACUUACGCAGAGGCGAUCUCGGGUCCCUACUCCUCUCAGUGGCAGACAGCCAUGGACGCAGAGAUGGCAUCCUGGAAGUCCACAGGCACCUACGUCGACGAGGUUCCCCCUCCUGGGGCGAACAUCGUCGAUGGCAUGUGGAUUUUCAGGGUGAAGCGGCCACCAGGUUCUCCGCCUGUCUUCAAGGCUCGUUACGUUGCUAGAGGCUUCAGUCAGCGUCAGGGGGUCGACUUCUUCCAGACCUUCUCCCCCACCCCGAAGAUGACCACUCUUCGGGUUCUGCUGCACGUUGCUGCUCAGCGUGACUACGAGCUUCACUCUCUUGACUUCAGCACAGCGUUCCUGCAGGGCAGCCUGCACGAGGAGAUCUGGCUGCGCCGCCCACCUGGCUUUACUGGGUCGUUUCCUCCUGGUACCCAGUGGAGCCUCCGCCGGCCAGUCUACGGUCUCCGCCAGGCGCCACGUGAGUGGCACGACACACUGAGGACUACACUUGCGGCUCUUGGGUUCGCGCCGUCUUCUGCUGACCCGUCGCUGUUUCUGCGCACAGACACGUCGCUGCCGCCGUUCUACAUUCUCGUGUACGUCGACGACUUGGUCUUUGCUACUGCUGACACUGAGGCACUCGCUCGUGUGAAGUCGGAGCUGCAGAAGAGACACACCUGCACUGACCUGGGUGAACUGCGUAGCUACCUUGGCUUGCAGAUCACCCGGGACAGAGCUCGCCGCACCAUCACCCUGACUCAGUCACACAUGGUGCAGCAGGUCCUUCAGCGCUUCGGCUUCCAGUUCUCCUCACCACAGGCCACACCUCUGGCUACCAGCCACUCGCUCUCAGCUCCACCUUCGGACGAGUCCGUAGAGCCGAGUGGCCCGUACCCAGAGCUUGUAGGCUGCCUCAUGUACCUGAUGACUUGCACGCGACCUGACCUCGCGUACCCUCUUAGCAUCCUUGCUCGUUACGUUGCGCCUGGGAGACACAGGCGAGAGCACUGGGAGGCUGCUAAGAGGGUGCUGCGUUACUUGUGCAGUACAUCAGGCAUGGGGCUGGUGCUUGGAGGACGCGACAGAGUUGCCCUCACUGGUCACUCGGACGCUUCUUGGGUGGAUGACCUGGCUACGCAGCGGUCGUCACAGGGUUACACCUUCAGCCUUGGCUCUGGUUCUGUCUCGUGGCGGUCCACCCGCUCUUCCUCUGUUCUCAGCUCUAGUUGUGAGGCUGAGAUCUACGCCACGGCCAUGGCUGCACAGGAGUUACGCUGGCUCACCUACCUGCUGACUGACUUGGGAGAGCGGCCUAGUUCUCCUCCAGUUCUGUACGGUGACAACAAGGCGGCUCUUGCCUUGUGUCAGGAGCACAGACUGGAGCACAGGACGAAGCACAUUGCUCUUCGCUACUUUCUUGCUCGAGAGCUUCAGCAGCGCGGUCAGCUUCGGCUUGUGUACGUGGACUCGAAGGCCAACACUGCUGAUAUCUUCACCAAGGCGCUCCCGCCUAGUGAUCAUCAGCGACACUGUACUUCUUUAGGUCUUGUGCCCACGUUUCCUCACUUGCUCACUGCUUGA